AUGAAUGGCUGCUGGCUGACUGGUUCUGCACAGAUGAGGGAAGGGGUUGAACUAGGUGAUCAGCAGAAGUCACCGGAUGCAAAAACAAUUUCAGCAGGGAAUGCAGAGGCAAGAAAAAGUGAGUGGAAAGAGAUGGCAAAAAGUACCAGCAAUGUGCACAAAACUCCUUAUUUUUGUCGUCCUCUCAGGCAGACAAUUGUUGUUUGGGGUAAGGAAGCAGAACACGCCUUUUCUGAUUGGCAGCAGGCAACUUUUUCUGUAAAGUGCAACGAUCAAUGCAGUGUUGCUUCUGCUACCAGUAAUACCACUACGAAUGCUGCUACAUUACUAAUAUAA